AUGGAGAAAUCAUCGCCGAGAUUUCACCCAGACCACCGGAAUUACGCCCAGUCGCCGCAGUCCCUCCUUCCUUCUCCCAACAGUAGCAGUAGUAGCAACAGCAGCAGCCCUUCCCCAAAUGGCCUCCGGGCGGCUGCUCAACCGCCGCCUCCGCCGCAGCAGCAGAUGCCGUCUCCGCGGCCAAUCCCCAGAUCCGAAUCGGCCAACCCGUACCCGACGACCUUCGUCCAGGCCGACACCUCUUCUUUCAAGCAGGUCGUCCAAAUGCUGACCGGAUCUCCGAAAUCGGCAGCCGCGGCGGCCGCCCCGCCCCAGCAACCCGACCACCAGGUGAAAUCCCAUUCACACUCCAUCCCGCCGAUCAAAUCGAUCCCCAAGAGGAACCAGUCGUCGUCCGGGUUCAAGCUCUACGAGCGCCGGAACUCGCUGAAGAAUCUCCGGAUCAACCCGCUCAACCCGUUCCUCGCCCCGCCCGGACCCGGAUCCGGAUUCUCGCCCCGCAAGCCCGAGAUCCUCUCCCCCAGCAUCCUCGACUUCCCGGCGCUCGUGCUCAGCCCGGUCACCCCCUUGAUACCCGACCCGUUCGACCGAUCCGGACUCGCCGGAGGCUGCUACGCCAGCAGCCCGAUGAGCGCGAAUCAUCAUCAUUAUAAUCGCAACAGCAACGGCGGGGCUAACAAUCCGGCCGGUGCCGGCAUGAUGGAGGCCGACUCGGAGGAGAAGGCGAUUAAGGAGAAAGGAUUCUACCUGCACCCGUCGCCGGCGACGACGCCGAGGGAGGCGGAGCCGCCGCGGUUGUUGCCGCUUUUCCCGGUGACGUCGCCCCGAGUCUCUUCUUCGACAGGGUCAGCUACCCCUUCGUCAUGA